AUCUGAGCUACAUCCCCAUUGCGUAUCAAGAUAUUAGAAUAGUUUACUUGGACAUAAUUUGAUAGAAUUUCAUGUGAUUAUAGCAGUGUCAGAUCUUAUUAGACUUAAAACUUCAUGACGGUAUCAUAAAAAUUUCUCUUUAACAAACGCAAACCAACGGUAUAUAUCUCCUCUCUAUCAAGAACAUGCAUAAACCUCCUCCAAGCUUUAGUUAAAUGAGAUAAUGCAAACAAAAAUGCACAUACAUAUCUUCCUUUGUGGAAAGCUGUCCUCCUAAAGCUUAUAUCAUCAUGCACAUAGCUCACACAAUGAGACGCAAUACACGAUAAAAACAGACAACUUUUAAAAAGUUUUGACUCAAUCUAAUCAAUAGAAUUUCGAUUUUAUAUGGCUUUCCGCCUUUCCCUUUGCUCAUUCUUUGUAGGCAAUUCAUAAUGACAAAUAAUAUACAGAGUAUAUAUGUACAAGUACAAAAAAACUACUCAACAAUCAUGACGAUCGAUAGACAUGAGUCCAAACGAAAAUUUCUGCAAUAAAAUAAUAAAAUUCAACAUCAAAUCAACUAUUCUCAAAGUGUCGACACCACUCAUAAGAUGACAGAAAUAUCAAUGUAAAUAUCGGUACCAUUCAGAAGAAAACAUGUAUCAAGAUACUAAACAAGCAUCUUUUGUUAUAAAAUACUCCUACUAUCACUAUCAGUGAAAAGUUACGCAAACGAUUUUUAUCUUAUGAUAUUUUUUCUAAAAUUCUCCAAUCUUUCAAAUUUUAUUUUUUUGAAUUUCUUUUUAAAAAUAUAUACUUUUGUAAUUUUAUAUCAAACUUUGUAUUUUAAUUCAAAAGCAAUAAAUGAAGUUUUAAUUAAUCAUAUAUUGUUUACAAUCUCGUUUUGAAGUUUACAAUAUAACAAAAUUCCAAACCUUUAAAUUACCAAUAUAUUAAUACAAACAUGGCAUGUGUUCCUCGUUCUGAAGCACAGAACAAUCCGUUCCCUAUGAUUACAAGACAACGGAACGCUUUGCUUUCCAUCUCCAUCACAUCUAUGCAAACCACAGAAACCAACCUUCAUUGUUGAACAUCAAAGUGAACAAAUGCGAGAUCCUUGAAGAAAGAUUUGGAAGUUGGUGGAGGUAAAUACAGCUACAGCAAACUGUUGUCAUGAUCACCGACAGUACACACUACACAGCUCUAUGCAUUCCACAUCAAAUUUCAAACAUCUUCUCAAACCAAGCAGUUAAAGCCAGCUGAGGAGAUGGACCACUCACUAUCUAGGGAGGUGUUUAAUCAAAACCAUACCUCUCUAAUAUAGAUCGUUGUAUUUAUUUAGUUCAGUAAUUAAGUUUUUAAAAUUCACUCUCUCCCCCCACCCCUUGGCCGACAUUAUACGGAACCUUUUUUGUCAAACUUACAGACUUGGCUUCUGACUUUAAAACCUGUUAUUUUAUCCUGUAGAGAAGCAAGGGAUUUUAUUAUCCAUAACUAGAUAAUUUUUAAAAACUAGAUAAUUUUUAAAGUAUUCGAACAUUUUGUAUAAUUAUUCCUUUUUUAAAAAAAAUUGUUUACUUGACUUUAAAAGUAUAAUGAAAAUAAGAAUCAUCUUGUUAAAGCAAUAUUUUUUUUUUAAAUGUCAGUACUUAUUUUUUAAGUGUUUUAUUUUUGAAAGCAUACACUUAAAAUUCUUAAAAAAAUGCAAUUAAUAUGGAUCGGAUUGAGUUAAUUCGUCUAUUAUUAAAAGAUCAUUAAACACAAUUUGGUAAAACUCCACACGCCGCGACGAGAGAGGAGGAGCACACAGAGAUCUCUCCUUAAUCUCCCGUCGCCUCUUCAUCAUCUCCUCUGUAUCCUUCUCCCAUCCUCACCGUUCAUUCGAUGUUGAAUUCUGAUCAUCAGAUCUAAGAUUGAUUGAGGAUGUUUAUGGAUCGAGAGAGAAGGCUCUCUGCUCGCAAUGGGACGAGGACUCCUCCUGAAUACACCAACGGCAAAUUUCGCGACGAUAAUAACGGCUUUUACGGCGGAGGAUUCUUAGAUCGAUCGGAGAAGAGUCCUUCUCGAUCGAACAUCCUCCGGAUCCCCUCGCCGACCUCCUCUCCUCCUCCGCCUUCCGGUUCCUCCCCGGAGCGUGGCUAUAUCGAGCACCGCGUGUCGAAGUUCGAUACUCUCGCCGGCAUUGCCAUCAAAUACGGCGUCGAGGUUGCAGAUGUGAAGAAGAUGAAUGGGCUUGUUACUGAUCUUCAGAUGUUUGCUCUCAAGUCUCUUCAGAUUCCGUUACCUGGAAGACAUCCUCCUUCUCCUUGUUUAUCUAAUGGCUCCUUAAACCAUGGAGAGGGAUGUUCAUGCCACGAACUGGAACCACCAAACCACAGCAACGGCGACGUGUUUGACUCAUUCCAAUCUCUGAGAUUGAAAUCUUCUGAAAAGAAAGUUUCUCCAGCCAUGAACUCACUCCAAGGUUACUACGGGCUGAAACCAGCAAACAGAACUGUCUCUGUAGGAGGAAGCUUGGAGAUGGGAAAUUACAAGUCAGAAAACAACGGUGAUAGUCAAUACCUCAGACCUUUCCCAUCCACAAACACUCCCUUGAACCACCACAGGAAAUCAAGAAGCUUAGUCAAUGCACUUCUCGAAGAGAUCAACCAGUCACCUGAUAACACUACCCAUCAAGAACAGAGUUCUGAUAAGUUUAUAAGAGGACGUCGAAAAUCUGUAGCCGAUUUUUCAUCCCGGACUCCAGAGCUCCUCUUGAAAGAAGAGAACAGCAGCAGCAACGGCGGGUUUUUGUCGAUAGCCGGGAAAGGCUUAGCGUUGAGAUCGAAAGCCUCAAGCAGAACUAAUCUAUCAUCAGCAGAAUCUGAGACUACUAGUAAUUUCAAUCCUGUACCAAUCAACUUGAUGGAUGCUUCAGUCUCAGACAGCUUCAGCAGUGUAAGAAAAUCGUCGAGUGCUUCCAGUCUACAAGAUCCAGACGGUAGUAACGGUUCAUCAUCACUAUCUCUAUGGCCGACUUCUAAAUGGAGCUUGAAGCCUGAUUUGCUCACACCUGCGGCUAUUACAAGCUCAAUCUUUGAUGGAUUACCAAAGCCUUUAACAGGGAGGAGAAACAAGGCUGCUAUGGACUGAGAAAAACAAGAGGUCAGUUUCUCUGUUAUUUAACUGUCCCAUUCAUUUUUUUGGAAACUAUACAAAUCAAAAGCAGAAAGAAGCUAUUUUAGCCUUAAUGCGAGUAAAUAGAAGUAAAGAGAUUAGAGAAAAUCUGAAAGAAGGGAGAAAGCUUGUGGUAGUGAAAUGUAAUGAUGGUUCUUUUUUGUAAGUUAUACAAAUAUUUGUACCAUUGGGUUUCAUCUUAGCGUAGUCAUUUUUUUUUUCUUCUUCUAAAGAUGAUGAACGUUGCCCACACAAUACUGAAUUGUAUUUUCAUGCAUCUAUUCAUACAGUAUUUGUUAAAUAAGAAAAAAAGGCUCUUUGGUAUG